ACUGUCUAUUCAAAGCUUACUACGACCGAAUCGACGUUGGCGCCGAAAUCUCGGUGAAAAUUCAGGGAAAACGCGCGUAAACUUUCGCGGGAGUUUAUCGGUGCAAAUAGUUUGAAUUGUCAUUUAGUUUUAUUAAAGUUUUGAACACAUUUGCAGUUCAACGAAGCUCCUAAAUGGAUUUGUUGUGAAAUUUAUUUGCUUGUAAGUGAUUGCGCUGUGACUUUACUCCGGAAGUUUGACACGUAAACGAGAUAAAUUUUGACGACUUUAAAAUUCCUUCAAUUUCUCUUUGGCGGUGAGGAGCAAAUAAACAAGUGGUUCACUCUAACAAAAUAAAAGAAAAUAUGGCAUAGAUAAAUUCCAGUCUGAUGCAUUUCCGGAAUAGGGUCACCAUGAAUUCGAAUCAGUGCUUAGUACCCAUUUUGCUUCUUUUAUUUUUCCAAUUGGCCAAACCAUAUCCGGACACGUUCGACAAUCUCAACAGUUCCGCCAUCAACGCCACCGCCAGUUUAAGUAAAAACGACUUCAAACAAAACGUGAAGUUUGUUACAACAAAUAACUCUAACGAUCUACCGGAAUCAGCACAAAUAGGAGAAUUAGGAUACAACUCUAGCAAUGAUUCUUACGGCGAAACUUACGAAGACUAUAUAAAGCUUAUGUCUCCAAAAAGUUGGACAUGGGUCCUUAUUGUUUGCCAUUGUGUAGUUUUCGUGAUCGGUUUAGUAGGUAACUGUUUAGUGUGCAUCGCGGUUUAUCGAAAUCAUACCAUGCGGACGGUUACAAACUAUUUCAUAGUGAAUUUAGCUGUAGCGGAUUUUCUAGUGAUACUGUUUUGCCUGCCACCAUCAGUUAUAUGGGAUGUUACCAGCACGUGGUGGUUUGGAUCGGCUCUAUGCAAAAUUGUGUUAUACGUACAGAGCGUUUCCGUAACUGUAUCUGUGCUUACGUUAACCUUUAUCUCCAUUGACCGCUGGUACGCCAUUUGCUUUCCUCUCAAGUUUAAAUCGACAACGGGGAGAGCAAAAACAGCUAUCGGGAUAAUCUGGAUCGUGGCGAUGGCAUGUGAAAUUCCGGAACCAAUUUAUUUGACUGCAGCACCGUAUAUGGCUGAUCACGUAUAUUUCACGCAGUGUCUUCCAGAGUGGUCUCCAGAAACGGAUACCAUUUUCAUGAUCAUUAAAAUGGUGUUCUUUUACAUGAUACCAUUAAUAUUCAUGUCAAUUGCAUACCUUCAGAUCAUUAGAGUAUUAUGGAAGUCUGGAAACGCUCCACAUCAAGCUAUGGAUUUGGCAGGUGGUAGACAUAGCAGCGGUGGAGGACAACUGAAUACUUUUGCAAUGAAUAUGAACACGAGUACAGAAGGACAACUAAGAUCUAGACGAAAAGCAGCUAAAAUGUUACUCGCAGUGGUCAUCAUGUUUGCUAUAUGCUUUCUUCCGGUUCAUCUGUUAGCUGUUUUAAGGCUGACACUACGACUGACUAACACCGAAAUGAACAGGGCCCUUUCUUUGAUCUCCCACUGGCUGUGUUACGCCAACAGCGCCGUCAACCCUAUCAUAUACAACUUUAUGAGUGGCAAAUUCCGCAAAGAAUUUCGAAGAGCUUUCGACACUUGUUUUCAAAGAGAAGGUGACAGGCACUAUUAUCAAUCAGGAGGAACAUUCUACAACAAAGACUCUGGCUUUGCAUCCAGGACACAAUCAAGAAACGAGUGUGAGAUCCACAGACUAAACACUUUCAGGGAACACGACAUUAAGCUUAUCAGGAAAGGUACUAGGACUAGUGUGCUGCAAGUCGACAUCUGAAAAGUGAGGUUUCAGUGCGAAAGUGAUUUAUGUGAAAGUGAAGGUACGAUCUUGAACAAUUAAGGUAACGUACAAUCUUAAGCCACAGUCUGAACUGAAUAUACAGGAUGUAGACAGACAAUUUAUUACUGAUACGAUAACCUUCUAAAAUAGACAUAAUUAAAUUGAAAAAUAAGUGGUUCUCAUAUGGUAGGGUUGCCAAGCGGGGAUUUUGCGCGUUACUCGAGGGCGUCAAAAAAUCACAUGCGGAUAAACCUUGUACCUUGUAAGUGUUACCUUACCAUAUAUUUAUGGACUCUAAAUACAGGGCUUGCGUUGGGGCAGUCCGUAAAAAAUCUAUCCUUAUAGUCCAAAAAGACACUGCGCAUCCUCCAGGAAAAUAUUCCGAUUCGGAUUUUUUGCACAAUCUUACUCAAAAUGGACCAAUGGCUUUUAACAAAUUUGCAUGUUGCCAGGACCAAAAGUAAGUCAAAAAUUUUUUAAACGUUUUUUUUUUGUUUUUUUUCCUAAAAUUAUUAUUUUUGCAUGGAACAAAGAUUUUUUUAGGUUUUUUGGAUCAUUCCAAAUAGAAAAAGUCUUUGGUAACUUUUCUCUAAAGUUGAUAGUUUUUGACAUAAUUUAACCAAUUAAAAAUUGAAAAAUUGCUAAAUCGGCCAUUUUUAACCCUAAAAAAUUAUGUAAAAAUCUAAAAAAUUUGAAUGUUGCCAAGGUAGGUAGAGAUGCCGAAGAGUUUUUUGCAAUACAAUAUUCAAAACUCCUUUGUUUUUUAAUUGCUAAUCAAGCGUGUGCGACACUAUUUUCCACCGUUGCAUGUAUAUACAGUAUGGUGCAAAUGAAAGGAAUAAAUUCGUUAUUUCGUAAACCGGUGACUCUAAGGAAAAAUCCCGAAAUAUGUAGGUCGAUUUUUAUUUUUAAGUUGGGAUAUUUUGGCGUAUAUGGUAUACUAGUGGCCUAUAUCUGGGCGUGAUGACGUAAUCGAUGAUUUUUUAAAUAAGAAUAGGGGUCGCGUGCUAGCUCAUUUGAAAGGUUCUUUAAUUCUCUAUUCAGUAAUAUAAACAUUUACAUAACUAUUUAUACAGGGUGUCCAAAAAAAAGUUUUUAAUUAAAUUAUUUGAAAAAAAAAGAAGAAUAUUAUGUACUUUAUUUAAUUAAAAAAACCAUUUACUUUUUACCGUUACCAGAAAACUAAAAAUUGUUUAUUUCACAAACAAACAUUGCUUUUCGAUUAAAUUCAAUGUUCAAACCAGCUCCCGCCAGCCACCUGCCUCUUGGAAGUUUGAACAUUUAAUUUAAGCGAAAAGCAAUGUUUAUUUGUGAAAUAAACUUUGUUUUCUGAUUUUUGAAAGCAGUAAAAUGUAUUUUGAUUUAAAUAAAUUACAUACAUUCUUCUUUUUUUGUCAAAAAAUUUAAUGAAAUAAAAAUUUCUUGGACACACUGUAUAAAUAAUUAUGUAAAUGUUUAUAUUAUUGAAUAGAGAAUUGAAGAACAUUUCAAAUGAGCUAGAACACGACCCCUAUUCUCAUUUUAAAAAAUCAUCGAUUACGUCAUCACGCCCAGAUGGAUGACGUCACGAGUAUACCAUAUAUACGACAAUAUCAUAAUUUAAAAAUAAAAAUCGACCUGUUUCGGGAUUUUUCCUUAAAGUCGCCGGUUUACGAAAUAACGAAUUUAUUCCUUUCAUUUGCACCAUACUGUAUACACAAUUAUAAAACAAAGGAGUUUUGAAUAUUGUGUUGCAAAAAACUCUUCGGGAUUUCAUCAAUCGAUGUUUAAAGAAUAUCAACCUACCUCGGCAACAUUCAAAUUUUCAGUUUUUCACAUAGUUUUUGAGGGUUAAAAAUGGCAAAUUUCGCAAUUUUUCAAUUUUUAAUCGCUUAUAUAUCAAGAGCUAUUAACUUUAGAGAAAAGUCACUAAA